CACAUUAAUACAACGACUUGUCAUAACUCUCGAUAAAUAGAGUCCAUUUUCCACACACAUACAAUUGUUCAUACAAAACUCCUGAAGUCAACAGAUUCUGAAGAAUUGCCACGUAAUUCAUUGACAACAUAACAAUACCGUUCCAAUUAAUGAAUAUCAAUCGAUAAAUUCGAUUGCAGGUGCUGUGAGGUUAAUUGUUAUUUAUUUCCUGAAGUGAUGGGUUCGUCACAGAGUCUGGAGAUACCUGGUGGAGGCACCGAGGGCUACCACGUCCUCAGGGUCCAGGAGGGAUCACCAGGGCAGCAGGCAGGUCUCGAGGCAUUCUUUGACUUCAUCGUCUCCAUAGGCAACACCAGACUAGACCAGGACAACGACACGCUGAAGGAGCUCCUGAAGACGAACGUCGACAAGGAACUCCUGGUGACAGUGUACAACAGUAAAACUCAAUCGAUCCGACAAACGACAAUAAUUCCAAGUAUGACCUGGGGUGGACACGGACUCCUCGGUGUCAGCAUACGUUUCUGUUCAUUCGAGGGUGCAAACGAGAACGUGUGGCACGUCCUGGAGGUGCAUCCAUCCUCCCCAGCUGAGCUAGCAGGUCUAAAACCAUUCACCGAUUACAUAAUCGGCGCAGACUCCGCCCUCCACGAGAGCGAGGAUCUCUUCACCCUGAUCGAGGCCCAUGAGUCGAGACCCCUCAAGCUGUACGUCUACAACACGACCGACGACUCCUGCCGGGAGGUCACCAUCACACCGAACACGAGGUGGGGUGGUGAGGGUAGCCUAGGGUGUGGCAUUGGGUAUGGAUAUCUCCACAGAAUACCAGUGAGAAGUGUUCCAGAGGCUAAACCAAUUCACAAUCACUCACAUCUCCAGCCGAAGAUUCCAGUGGCUGCUCAACCACCUCCUGCACAGUAUACAGUCCCAAUGACUCCAACAGCUUCUCCGUCGCCUCCAGUUGUCACUGCUGUCCCUCCAGGAUUCGCCAUCCCUCCGAAUUACACCCCUGGACUGCCCCUUGACUCCCAGACACCUCCAACGAAUCCCAUUUCCUCGUAUCCAUCUGCACCACCACCUCCAGCUCCAGCUCCAGCUCCAGCCCCGGCUCCAGCUCCAGCUCCAGGCGUUGAUGUAGAUCCCAAAUUAAUCGGUGCAUCGACGACUACAGUAAUGGCGUCUCCGGGUCACUACUUCGCGCAGUCCAACAGUUACCCAAGUGUUGAACAGAUGACGGAUCCCCAGGAGCCUUUCAUCCCCGGAAUGCCUCCAGUGGCACCAGGACAGACUAUUCCCCCAAUGAUUUCACCCCUGGUCACACCCCAGGUCGUAACAACCCCUCUAAAUCUCCCUGGGAUGCCACCACUGACUGUCAGCGCGAGUUUACCCCAAUCACCGCCGUUUUACCCCUCUCUCAUCGACCAGAAACCCCUGACCCCUAGCAGUAAUUUAUCACCGUCAGCGUCGGUGUGAAAUCACCCGGGACAAUUAUAUCCAUUUAUUUCAAUAAUUUGUCAAUGCGUAUUUUCCCACUAGCAGUAUGUAAAUAUAAACAGACCUGAGAUAAUGUGGGGAUAAAGAAAAAUUAAAUGUACGCGACAGAAAGAAUUUAUUACAUGAUCAUUGUCUCCAAUAAACAAUGGCAUUAUUCAUAAAUCCUCUCUUUAAUAAUAACAAUUAUCCUCGAUAAACUAAUCCCCGAAUUUGUUGUUGAAUUAUUCUCUGAGUAAUU